AUGUUAUGUAGCAUAAUUUUUAUAACAGAUUUAGAACCAAGAAAUUAUAUUCUUCGUCAAUCAAUUGAAGAUUGGCAAUGGAUAAAUGUUCAAUUAUCCAUUGCAACUUAUUUGGCUGGCGUGUUUCGAACAAUUCCUCGAAUCACUGUUAUUCAACCAACAACUGACUCUGAUCAGCUUCAAAGCUCUUUAUGGAUUCCUUCUCUAGGAUUUAUAAAAUAUUGUUAUUGGUCUUUUUUCGUACUUCUUAUAGUCAUAUGUCAAGGUUCAUCUAUACUUUCCGGUUACUUUCGUAUGCGAUCUGAUAAGCACUUGUCUGAUAUAUUCGUUACUGUUCGUCUCCUAACUUAUUCGUUUGGUUGUAUUUCCAUGUUUCUCGGAUAUGGAAUAUACGGUCGAACUUUGAUAAAGUUGACGAAACGAAGUUUUGAAUUGAUUGAAGAAGCUCAAAGAAAUAAUGAAAGAUUUAAGUGGCAGAUGCGAAAGAUGCAAAUGUUCAACCAGACGGCAUUUUUUAGCUUCCUAUUUUGGUCUGUUGCAACAUUUGUCAUAGCUAUUUGGCACGAUUUAGUUUGGUCAACCUUGGCAUUAUCCAAACUUCAAAUUAUAAUGGCAUGUCCAGUAAAUGUUGGUUCUUAUAUUAUUGCAAUGAUAGUGAUUACACUAAGUGAUAUGAGAAGUCAAAAUGAAACUCCCGAAGAGAUUUCCAUGACAACACUCAGUAACCAAUUUAUGCAAUCACAGUCUACACCUUAA